AUGAUAAACCAAUAAGAACUAUCUUCAUCUGAAGAAUAGAAUCAAAAUAAAUCAAGUCAUUUACAAUAAUAGUCUUCAGAAUUGGGUAAACCAUAAACUCAAGAAAUAACUUAACCUAAAGAAAGCCAACUAGAUUUAUCUUCAUAAUCUUAGGAUAAUUCUCAAUCUUUAGAUAUCACUUAAAAUCGAUAAAUUAGCACUUCAUCUCUUUAUACUAUUAAGUUAUUGGAUGCAAAAUAAUUAUAUAAACCUGUGCCAAUUAAAAAGGAAUAUGAGAAUGUAUUUAAUAAAAUAGCCUCAACUACAAUUGAUUCUUUACCAAUGGAACUUUUUCAUAUAGGAACUUAUAGUCAUUAAGGCAGUUUCAUUAAUGGAGAUCAUUGUGAAAGAGUAGUAGAAGUCAAGACUAUUGGCAAAAAUAUUAUAUUUCCAAAUGAUUCUUAUGAAUUAGCUAUAUUGGAAUGGAAAACAAGGUAUUAUUUUGAAUUCAUAUUUAAGAGCCAAUGGUAUUAAACCAAAAAAUUCAGGGGAAUUAUUAAAAUAUGUUCAGGAAUUAUAUCCAGAUUUACUUAAAAAAUAUUAUGAUGAAAUCAAAAAGGAAUGA